GCAGAGAGGUAGUGGCGCAUGCGCACAUAGCUCAUGCGGAGUUGCAGGACCUGUUCUGCACGUCAACAAACUAGCAUUAGCAAAGCUGCAACAGAAUUCCAGAGGUUUGCUACAAAUAUAUUAAAACAAUACAGGUAUACCCAAAGAACCGCAGCGUCAUUGUGGAUUCACAGGACCACCUUCAGGGGACUUCGGGGUCCAGACGAACCGCGAUGUUGAACUCUGCCAACGGCGACCCAGGCCACGUCGUUGUGAAUUAUGUGGAGGAGUAUUUGGAUCUGGUGGAGUCACUGCCCUUCGACCUGCAGAGGAGUGUGUCCCUCAUGAGAGAAAUAGAUGCUAAAUAUCAAGAUGUUCUGAAGGAGCUUGAUGAUGCGUACGAGCGAUACCGCCGCGAGUCGGACUCCCUCCAGAGGCGGAAGCUGCAGUUAUCCAUCCAGAGGGCGCUGAUCCGGAGUCAGGAGCUUGGAGAUGAAAAGAUCCAGAUUGCUGGUCAAAUGGUGGAGAUGGUUGAGAACCGAACACGGCAGAUAGACUGGCAUUCUGAGCUUCUGCUUUCCUCUCAAGAAGUUCCAGAAAGCCACGUGUCCACGCCGGCAUCCCUGACAACCACUGCAACAUCCCUGAUGUCCUCUUCGUCUGCAGCAGUCACCCCGGGCAAACCCAGCCACUAUGAGAAGAAACGGGAGGAGGUGACCCCUGGCUCUGGUAGUGUCGACAAAGCAGGAGGGAAACGCUCAAGACGGCAGAAAAACGGAGAAAACCGCGAAAGUUACGCAGGUCUGGAUCACCCUGAAGACGUGGGAGCUUCACGGGAAAAGAGGGCCAAGACAUCCUCCAAGAAGAAGAAAAGGUCAAAGGGGAAGUCUGAGAGGGAGGUCUCUCCUCCGGACCUGCCGAUAGAUCCAGACGAGCCCACGUACUGCCUGUGUGAGCAGGUGUCCUAUGGCGAGAUGAUCGGCUGUGACAACGAUGAAUGUCCCAUCGAGUGGUUUCACUUCUCCUGCGUCGGGCUCCACCACAAACCCAAGGGCAAAUGGUAUUGCCCCAAAUGUAGAGGGGAGAAUGAAAAGACCAUGGACAAGGCCCUGGAAAGAGCCAAGAAGGAGAGAGCGUACAACAGGUAGCCCGCUCACCACGCUGUGGUACUGAAACCACAUGUGAUCUGGUCUUCAUUUCUGAAGACAUUGGUGCGUUUUGGUCACCGACCCAUAGCUAAAAACAAGAAGAUGUAACACAAGUGACAGAACAGGAAUGUUCCUUAAAAAAAUACGUGUUCUGCAUUUACAUGCUUUGUUUACAUCAAGCUUCCGGCAUUACUGUAUAUACUCUUUAACAUUUGGCCAUGCUGAUUCAGAUUUCUUUAAAGGAUCUGAUCAGUCAGGAGUUUCUAACAUCUGAAUGUUCAACACAGGUCACUUAUCCUAACCUUGACAAAAAAACCACUUGUACUGGUAAAUUCAUAAAACCAUUUUAUUUGUAUUCAUUUUUACAUUUCUGGAAAGAUUUAGCCUGUAGGGAACAUAAUGCACCUGAUCAGGACUGAAAAAAAAGAAACUUUCUGUAAAGUAACUAUUUAUUGCCAUGACCCUGUAAAUUCAACAUGUUUGCAAAAGUGCAAGUCAAGUAAAUAUGAAUCUAGCAUUAUAAAUACUUAAAAAUUCAUAUUUACUUGAUGAAACAAUCCGACCCCUAAUCUGCUGAAUCCUCUGCAUUUUCACCAUUUUUUAGACAUUGAACAUUCAGAAGACGCUUGCUAUAGCAGCAACAGAUGAAGGAGCUGUAGAAAAAAUAUUUGCCAGUAAAUCAAAGACUUUAACAGUCUUAAGUGGAAAAGGUAUUUUCUCCGAUUGUUGUAACUGUACUCAAUAUUUCAGCGCUUGUACAUCUGUUAGACGCAGCGAGACUCUUUUAAGUGAGAAAUAAACUCUUGAGCGUGGAAA